AUGGAUGCCUCUGCUCGCUCGCUACUCUUAGACCUCAUGGCAAAGUCCAAGAAGGGCCUCUCGUUCGCAGAACAACUGUGCAGUCAGGCUCACGACGAACUGGAUGCAUGUCAGGGACACUCUACCGAAAUCGAAAAGAUCUUUUCCAAACUCUGCUUCACAGUCGAGUCGUUGCUGAGGAUAGGACGUUCACGCCUCAGCGAGCUGUGGACUGCUUCCAAGAGCGUCUCAGUCCGGAUGGAGCUUGCCCUUCGAGCACUCAAAGGCAGACAGGUCGAUCCCGAAAUUCAAAUACCACACCCAGACAACAACAACAACAACAACAACAACAACAACAACAACAGCAACAAGAGGAAUAACGACCUAGAAGGAACAACACCAGGAACUGCGAGCGAUGAUGUCACGACCACUGCGCCACCAAAGGCAACGGUUCUGUUUGACUUUCUGGACGAAGUCAGUCUACAGCGGUUACAGCAGGAAUCUACAGAACGAAUCCAACGGAUCCAAUCGACGACGCAGCGGCUUCAGGAGCUGGUGAUUCAUUUCGGUAACCAGCGGACAGAGUUCAAGGGGUAUAUGACGAACGCCAUCACGUUGGAUGAGUCGGCGUUGUCGUUUGCGAGGGAGAAGAUGCAUUUGCAGGAGCAGCAGACAACUACUAUGGCAGAGCUGUUGGUUUCGUUGGCGAAGCAUUAUGACCAAGUCGUCCAAGUUUUGACAGCGGACAUCCAUCCAACGGACGAGGAGCUGGAACUGCUGAGGAACGACACGGAUGAGGUGCCGAUUGUGAUGGAAGAACUGGAAGAGUCCUUGGCGCUUGUGCAGGCCACCACCGAGGAAGUUGGGGUGCGGGAACACUUAUACACGACGGCAUACGAAGAAGCGCUGGGGUUCUUCAAGAAGAUUGAAGCACUGGAACCAGACCUUGUUGAGCUGGUCGAUACAUUUCGGUUGGCCGAGGGACUGGAAGAUGACUUUAACGCCACCGAGAAGCUCAUCGGAGAGAUCAAUAGCCUUGCUAUCUGGUACGAAGAGUUCCACAACUCUUAUGGGGCAUUGAUGGUGGAGAUUGUGAGGCGACAUCAGGCGCACCAGAAUCAGGAGAGAAUCGUCGCAGACUUUAUGCAAAAGAUGCAGGCGAGCUACAACGAUGAGAUGAGUCAAAGAGCUGUCUUUUCUGAGCGACACGGAAAGUUCUUGCCUGUGGAUUUGUGCCCGACUUUUGCUGACAUGCCACCACAAUAUGAGAUCAUCAUUCAGGGCUUCAAGUCCUACAAGAAUCAGACGGUCAUCGAGCCCUUCAGUGGAGAGCAUAAUGUCAUUGUCGGACGGAAUGGUUCUGGCAAGAGUAACUUCUUUGCAGCGAUUCGAUUUGUUUUGAGUGAUGCUUACACCAGCAUGGGCCGCGAGGAGCGCCAGUCCCUUCUUCAUGAAGGAUCGGGAGAGGCGACCAUGUCAGCAUAUGUUGAAAUCAUCUUUGAUAACAGCGACAACCGUUUUCCUACUGGACGGGAUGAGCUUGUGAUGCGUCGCACGAUUGGACUCAAGAAGGAUGAAUACUCCAUGGAUAAGAAAAGUGCAACCAAGGCAGAUGUGAUGAACAUGCUGGAAAGUGCAGGAUUCUCUCGCUCCAACCCAUACUACAUCGUCCCUCAAGGAAGAAUCACAUCACUCACAAACGCCAAGGACAACGAAAGAUUACAACUGCUCAAGGAGGUCGCCGGUACCCGUGUGUAUGAGACACGCAGACAGGAGAGUUUGAAGAUCAUUACCGAGACUGAUUCCAAAAGGAAGAACAUUGAAGAGCUCUUGACAUAUAUUGAGCAGCGCCUCGAGGAGCUGGAGGAGGAAAAGGAAGAGCUCAAGUUAUACCAGGAGCAUGACAGACGCCGCCGGUGUCUUGAAUACACAAUCUAUAGCCGCGAGCAAAAGGAUGUCACUGAGGCUUUGGAAGAGAUGGAGGCGGGUCAUAGACAGGAACUCGACGGAUCUAAUCAGCAGCUAAAGGAUCUUGAGGACAAAGAGGCACGUAUCAGCCGGUUGGAAGCCGAGAUCGUGGAGCAGAGGCAGAACAUCGAAUUGUUGCAGACCGAAAAGAGACAGUUGGGUCAUGAAUUGGAAUCGGCGAUCAAGGUCAAGGCACAGAUCGAGCUCCGCAUCAAGGAUCACGAGGAGAACGUCGAGAUGAGUACAGAGACCAAGCGACGUAACCAGGAAGAGCUGACUGUCAUUGAGCGGGAGAUUGAGGCCAAAGAGCAGGAACUCUUGCAGGUGGUCCCUGAAUUCCAGAACCGUGAAGCCGAGGAACGUCAGCUUCGCGAAGAACUUGAGCAGACAGACUUGCAGAGACAGGCCCUUUAUUCCAAGCAGGGACGAUCUGGACAGUUCCAGUCCAAAGCACAGCGUGACGAGUGGAUCCGCAAGGAGAUGAGCGAUAUUCAACAAGCUUUAAAAGUUCAGACAGCACAGAGCACCCAGGCAGAAUCUGAUCUCCAGACAUCGAGGACCCAGUUGGUACAGGCAACAGAAAAGAUCAAGAAUGUGAGGGAACAGGAGAUGGCCAGGAGGAGCGAGAGUGAGGCACUUUCUGCAGAGUUGAUGACAUUAAAGGCCGAGCGAGACAAGCUCACGGAUCAAAGAAAGGACCUGUGGCGCGAGGAUGCAAAGAUGGACUCGAUCCUGAACAACCUUCGGGAAGAGCACCGCAAGUCCGAGAGAAUGCUGGGCGCUUCGAUGGACAAAAACACCAGCGCAGGAUUGGCAGCCGUCAACCAUAUUACUAAGACCUUGAACCUGACUGGUGUUUAUGGUCCUCUCUAUGAGCUCUUUGAUGUCGAGGACGAGUACGAUACCGCCGUCAACAUGAUUGCAGGAGCCAGUUUGUUCCAUGUCGUUGUAGAUACUGAUGAGACUGCCUCGCGUGCUCUCGAGGCCUUGAACAAGGAGAGGGCUGGACGCGUUACGUUUAUGCCUCUCAAUCGCCUGAACCCUCAAGCCUCGACCUACCCGGAGGCAAACGAUGCCAUCCCCAUGAUUAAGAAGCUGAACUUUGACCCCAAGUACAGCAAGGCUUUUGAGCAAGUCUUUGGACGCGCAUUGAUCUGUCGCACAUUGGAGAUUGCUGCCACCUACUCAAGGAGCUACAAUCUCAACGGAAUCACACUUGACGGCGACCGUGUCGAUCGCAAGGGAGCUCUCACAGGAGGAUACCAGGACACCCGUAACUCUAGAUUGAGCUCGAUCAAAACCAUCAAGUCUUACAACCUCAAGUAUAACGCGGCUACGGAGCGAGGCCAGGUAGUCAAGGCGGAGAUAGCCAGCCUCGACCAAAGAAUUACAACGCUCUUGAACAGGAUUCAGCUCAUUGAGGUGCGCAGGAAGCAAUUGGCCGACAAGCGGGAUGAGAACGCGGCAGAGUACAGGGCACUUGUGAAGGAUGAGACUGCACUGAAGGAGUCUGUGGAGGCCAAGGAGAAAACCCUUCGCGAUAUUCAAGCUGAUCUCAAGACUUUGCAGACGCAGCUUCAGGUGCUUGAUGACGAAUCGAAAUCGGAGAUGGUUCAAGCUCUGUCGACUGCUGAGCACCGACUCUUAGGCGAGCUCAUUGCCAAGGCCGAUAACCUCAAGGAGCGUCUAUCGGUGUUGACCAGCGAGCGAUCAAAGCUUGGAACUCGCAAGAACAUUUUGGAGAUCACACUCGGCUCCAACCUCCGGCCGCGUCUGGAGGAGCUUCGUGACAAGAUUGAGCACGGCAACAUCUUGAAUGAUGAGGGACUCGAGAAGCGCCGUCAGGAUUUAGCUAUUAUCCGGAAAACUCUGGAUGAAAUCAAGGGUCGCACUCAAGAAAUCGAUGAUGAGCUGGAAAGGGUCGAGAAGGAUGUUACAGAUAGGGAGUCAUCACUGGAGAAGGCGCGGACGGAACAACAGGAUGAGUCUCGCCAGAUGCGCAGGUCUUUCAAAGGUGCCGAGAAGUAUGUCUCGAGAAGGAACCUUUUGCUCCGCAAGAAGGAAGACUGCAUCAAGAACAUUCGUGAGCUCGGAGUCCUUCCCGAGGAGGCCUUUGAAAAGUACAAGAACACCCAAUCGCAGAAGCUGUUGAAAUACAUCCACAGGGUCAACGAGGAGCUGAAAAAGUACAGCCAUGUCAACAAGAAGGCGUUUGAGCAGUACAGCAACUUUACCAAGCAGCGGGACGCGUUGCUUCAGCGCAGGGAUGAACUGGACGUGUCCGAGGCUGCGAUUCAGGAGCUGAUCCAGACUCUUGAUCAGCGCAAGGAUGAGGCUAUUGAGCGGACGUUCAAGCAAGUCGCCAAGAACUUUUCUGAAGUAUUCCUCAAGCUGGUUCCAGCUGGACGCGGAAAGUUGAUCAUGCAGCGCAAAAUAGACCAGACGCCAGAUGGAGAUGAGGAAGAGGAUGAUCAUGAGACUUCGGCGAUAGACAACUACACGGGAAUCGCGAUCCAGGUCUCUUUCAACAGCAAGAUGAACGAGGGUCUGAGAAUGCAGCAACUCUCGGGAGGUCAAAAGUCACUGGUCGCAUUGACACUGAUCUUUGCUAUCCAACAAUGCGACCCCGCACCGUUUUACCUGUUUGACGAGAUUGAUGCCAAUCUGGAUGCGGCCCACCGGACAGCAGUUGCGGCGAUGAUCCAUUCUCUGUCGGAGCAUGCACAGUUUAUUACGACAACAUUCCGACCAGAGAUGUUGGCUAACGCGGAUAAGUUCUAUGGAGUGACCUUCCAGAAUAAGGUGUCACUCGUCAAUGCGAUUACUAAGGAGGAUGCGCUGGACUUUGUUGAGCAAGAGCAGGCUCGUUAG